CUCGAAAAAUUCCUUCAAAAACACUUCAACACUUAGUGAAACUCACUUUUAUCUAUGUCAACAAAACCAAAAAAAUGCGCCCUUCUCUUUCAUUCAUCCAUUUCUGUCGUUUCGUCUACUUCAUUAGAUUUGAACAUAAAAAUACUCUCUCUCUCUCUCCCUGCCCGGUUAUAUAUGUGACAUUGGUGGAUCCAACUUACCAAAAUAUAUUGGAAUUUAGGGCCAUUUAAUUUAAUAACUCUCUGUUUCGCACCGAAUCUGGAGGGUUUUGAGGUUCUUGGUGUGACCCUUCUCAUAAAGGCUCAACGAUGGAGGAGGAAAUCUCAUGGGUUAGUCAUUGUAUUGACAACGUCGACAGUGGCACUGUGGGAUUUGAUUCAUUCUCAGAUCUUAAUGAAGAAACCGACAGGGACGUUACUACUGUUUCUAUGGAUCUAGUUCUUCCCGAUGAUCUACUGGAACGGAUAUUAACCUAUCUCCCCAUUGCUAGCAUCUUCAGGGCGGGUUGUGUGUGCAAAAGAUGGCACGAGAUAGUGACAUCAAAGAGGUUUCUUUGGAACAAUUCUCAUGCAUUGUUACAUAAGCCUUGGUACUUCAUGUUCACGAGCUCUGACGAACCGAUUGGUUAUGCAUACGAUCCCAUUCUCCGAAAGUGGUAUGGUAUCGACCUCCCCUGCAUUGAGAAAUCCAACUGGUUCAUUGCUUCAUCGAGCGGACUAGUCUGCUUCAUGGACAAUGAUAGCAGGAGCGAGCUGUAUGUAUGCAACCCGAUCACCAAAUGUUGCAAGGGGCUUGAUGAGCCUCCUGGCCCUAAAUUUCCGGACUACAGUGCUUUAUCGGUCUCAGUCAACAGAGCGUCUCAAAGUUACAACGUCUUGAUUGUCAAAUCCAAGCAGGUCCCUGAGAACUUCGUGCAGUGGGAUCUCUCCAUCCAUCUCUACGAUUCAGAAACGAGGGAGUGGCUGACGGAGCUGACAGAGGUUUUAACAGGGUGGAGAGCCGGUGACGAGAGUGUGAUAUGUGACGGGGUAUUAUACUUCUUGAUCUACUCCACCGGAGGCGGUGGUCCCGACAACCGCCACGGCCUUAUCAUGUAUAACCUCAGAAGCCGGUCGCCUUAUGGCCUCCUAAUGAGGAGUUUCAUCCCAGUGCCGUGUUCUCUAACAUGCGGCCGCCUGAUGAACCUGAAUGAAAAGCUCGUGAUGGUUGGAGGCAUCGGGAAACACGACCGACCAGGCAUCAUCAAGGGCAUUGGGAUCUGGCUUCUGAAGGGGAGGGAGUGGCAGGAGAUAGCCCGGAUGCCCCACAAAUACUUCCAAGGCUUCGGAGAGCUGGACGACGUCUUCGCCAGCAGUGGGACGGGCGAUCUCGUAUACAUUCAGAGUUACGGGGCGCCCACGCUUCUUGUCUUCGAUUUCAACCAGAAGCAAUGGAAAUGGUCUCAGAAAUGCCCUGUGAUCAAGAGGUUCCCCCUUCAGCUCUUCACCGGCUUCUGCUUCGAACCAAGACUUGAAAUCGCGCCCUAGCCCUAAUUGAUAUCUAAUCCAAUUCGACAUGAAGCAGCCAUUGUUUCUGUAAGUUCAAAAUAUGUGUAGGUGAAUGCUAUGAUUAAAAUGUCCAUGCCAAGAUCAUUAUUCUUUACAUUCACAGAUCUUGAAUCCACAAGUGGUGAAAAUGUCAACAUUAUUGUCUGUAUCUUUUUCCACUGUGUUGCUGUCCUAAAUCUUAGAUUGAAGAAUUAUCUGUUUUUCU